UUUUCAUUCGCUGAUGUUGACAUUUGGCAUUCGUUGUCAUUUGAUCGAGCUGUCAAUUCGGGUAAAAAAGAUUCUAUUCUGAAAAUCAUCCUUCGCUGCUGUUGAAAUGUCUUCACGUCGUAUUGCACAGAGUUCUAUUAACUGGGCCUCUCUGGCUGAGCGUGUUCCUGCCAAUCAAAAGGCCAACUUUGCUGCUUUCAAAACCAAAUCUGACGCUUACUUGCGCAGUGUUUUGGCCAAUCCUGAAAACCCACCACAGAUCAAUUGGGCACACUACAAGCAAUUGAUUCCCAUUGCUGGUAUGGUUGAUUCCUUCCAAAAACAAUACGAUGCAUUGAAAGUGCCAUACCCAGCUGAUACUGUAACCCCACAAGUGGAAGCUCAAAUCAAGGAAACCAAGAGUGAAAUUGAUAACUUCAAAAAGAGCUCUGAAACCCGCAUUGCUGACUAUCAGAAGAGUAUUGACCACCUGAAAUCACUGCUGCCAUAUGAUCAAAUGACAAUGGAAGACUACCGUGAUUCAUUCCCUGAUCAGGCUUUGGAUCCCAUUAAUCGUCCAACAUUCUGGCCACAUGAUGCUGAGGAACAAAGAGACAACAAGGACAGGGUACAUGCUGAACAUUAAAUAUUGUUGCUAUUAUGUCGCGAGUAUUUCUUAGCAAAAAAUCCUUUACGGUAUCAAACGAAAUGUUGAAGUUUGCAAAUGAAAUUCAAUAAAUAUAUGUAGAAAAUUCAA